UCUAUUUAUGCUGUUAGUGACGUCAUGGCCAUGCUCCAGUAGCAGUCCUGUAACCCCGCAGGAAACAGCCAAUGGCAACCCUUGUUCACCGGUGCUGAAGGGAUGCAAGAUGCUGGCCAUGUCAGUGUGUUCUAUGGGUCGGAUCCCUGGAGGCUACAUCACCAACCACAUGUACAGCUGGGUGGACCCUCAUGGCCAAAGCGUCUCCCCACCGCCUGACAGCCAGGAGGCCAUUCAGAGGAAAGGGCACAGCAUGGAGGAGAGGACGGUAAGAACAAUGUGUGUGUAUGUGUAUGGUGGUGGUGGUACAAAAGAAAGGUUCAGGCAGCUGUGGUAG